AUGGCGGGCGACGAGGGUGUCGACCUGACAGCGGAGGCGAUGCAGCUGUCCGAGGUCAGCAAGACUGUGGCAGGAGGAGGCUUUGUCUACUCGCGCGUGGAUUGCAUCAGCAAGCAGAUUCGUGGUCUCGGACUUCUUGCCGAGUAUCCCUUCCUUCGACACCUGGACUUGUCACGGAACUGCAUCAAGGAUGUGAGUCCAGUCGGCAAGCUCCAACAUGUCCUUUCACUCAACCUCUCGUCGAAUGCUAUCCCCAAGCUGGACUGGGCGGCGCAGGAGCUUCCUCACCUGCUGUUCCUCGAUUUGAGCAAGAAUCAGCUCCAGGAGCUGCCGCAGCUUCACAUGCCAGCGUUGAGGCGGGCCGACUUCCGCUUCAACCAGAUUUCCACGUGCGCCGACUUUCAGGGCCACUCAACGCUGCAGACGCUGCGGCUUUCAUCAAACCAGCUGGCUUCGGCAGCUGGAUUAAACAAAAGCCCGAAACUUGAGGUUUUGGAGUUGAGCGAAAACGCACUCGCCGACCUCAACGACGUCUACAGGCUUCCCUGCCUCUCCACUCUGGAGAUCUCCAAGAAUAAGUUCGAAUCGCUGAUCGCCCCCUGGCAUGAAAUGGCAGCCCUCAAAGUCCUGGACGUCUCCCAAAACGCCUUCGCCGAUGCGUCGGCCCUGAAGCCCCUGGAGGUGAUGAAAGAGCUCAGGAGCCUCGUUGUGGCGGGCUGUCCUGUUGAAGAGCAGGCGGCCGGUGGUUUCCAAACCGAAACGAGACGGAUUCCGUGCAAUCGGAAUAGCUUCGAUUCAAUAUCAACCACUUCGAAGCACUAUGUCAUGUAUAUAUAUAUAUAA